UGCAUGCUAAAUCAGAAGAGCACACCUCCUGCAACAUUUUUCUUUAUAUAAGAAAUGCAGCCCUUGAAAAUGAAUUUGGGGAGUGUUUUCCUAAUUAAAUUCUUGGUGAUUUUCUCCUUCUGCCUGAAAGGUGCUGUGUCUCAGAAGGAAAAGCUCCAUGGUCUUUUGGGUGAUUCUGUUCUCCUGCCUGCUCCCAAAUUCAAGGACUCACCACUUCGCAUACGGUGGACGAUGGGUACAACAAAGGUCCUCAAACAUGCACAGUGGAAUGGUACCAAAAUGUCAAAGCAAGGACCUGAGAGAUACGACAUCUUAUCCAAUGGAAGCCUGAAAAUAGAUAAAUUGAUGCUGAAUGAUUCUGGAGAUUACAAUGUGGUUGGAUAUAAUAAAGACAGAGCUCCGUUAUUUAGUUCAACAUAUAUUACUUUGGAAAUUGUUGACCCCUUGUUUCUGCCACGACUCAAUGGGAAUUGCUCCCAAAGCACAGUGAUCUGUGUCAAGAAAUCCAAUGACAGAAACCCCCCCAAUUUUAAGAUGUUUCGAAAUACUGAAAAGAUUAAAAAAAUUGAAGGACCAUACGAUGAAAAUGGGGAAUGGAAGGUGACAUUCAAGGCGCCUCAAAAAACCUUUUCUGGGAAAUUCAAAUGCGAGGUUGAGAAGCAUCAUGCUGAGAAAGAAAUCCACUGUUCAGGACAAGGCUAUCUUGAAUUAGAUAUGUAUGUAUACCUGAUCAUUGGUGGAGGUGCAGUCUUCCUCAUCAUCUUUUUGAUUCUGAUUUUUUACUGCAUCAGAAAGAAGAGAGCAGAAAGACGUGAAAGGGAAGAUCAGAGGAGAGAGCUGCAGCUCCGGAAUGUAGAUGAAGAGUUGAAAUACCGCAAACUUCCUCAGCCUCCGGCUCACGGUGUCCCAAACCAUCCAAACCAUCCAAACCAACAACAUCAGGCACUACCACCACCACCACCUCAUGAACGGCAGCCACAGUGUGGACCUCCUCAGCCCAGACCCCGUCCUCAUAAAAAAUCACCCCGACACAUGAAAGAAGGACCAUAAAUAUAGGAAUGUCACACACCAUCCUAUUGUCUGUAUUGGCAAACUUGAUACUCAGUUAUAAACUCCCCAUCCUUGCAAAGUGAUUGGUACAAAGUCAUAGUGCUGAACGUCACUGCAUAUCCAAUGGUCGAAGGAGAUACCCAAUGAAUAAGAUACAUUCUUUUCCUGAGAGACCUCAACUACUACUUAGAUACUGAUCUCUGACAUUGGUUUCCUCUUUUGCUAACCUGGAUUUUAUCUUCCUUUGUCAUCUCCUGCUCAGAAAUGUUACCUCCAAACCAGCCCCUUUGCCAUACUGUGAGAACUUCUGACACAGGAAGAACCUGUCAGUUCUUCAGUUCCAACACUGCUCC